AUGGGGAAGAAACACAAAUCCCAACCCACGGCUGCUGCGUCUGCGCUCGAGGAAAAUGCUGGCAGUACUCCAGCUGCCAAUGGUUCAAUCCCAUCCUUUCCCUUUUUUGCCGGCGGUGGGGAGAGCGCAGUAGCUGUUGAUCCGAUGCUUGCUUCGCUAUUUGAGAAGAGCGCUGGACCUGUGAAAGCUCCUCAAUUCACUAAUGCGAAGCUGAUCGCGACGUCAGCAAAUGGUGGAAAGUCUGGGGGACGGACCAAUGGAGUGGGGCAAGGCACAUCGCAAGAUGAUAUGGAAUUAACCUCAUCUAAUGAGGAAGAGGCGGGGGAGGGAGCUUCGUCGGAGACCAGUGAUCAAAUGAUGGAGGAUGUCGGUGAUGAAGCAUUGAGUCCAGAAAAACGACGGAAACGAAAACGAGGCGGCGCAGAGGACAUAGAGGAAUCAUACAUGCGGCGCAUAGCAAAGGAGGAAGCCAAGGAAGAUGAGAAGCGACGGAGUGAGAAAGCGAAACGGCAGAAAAUUGUGGAAAGCGUCGGGAGGGAAAGUGACUCUUCAGACUCUGAAAGUGACAACGAGGAGGAUGAAGAUGGCAUAGACAACCCUCCCAUUGUCCACGAAUCCAACUCCAGCAAGCCCGAUGCCGCCCUCCUCGACAAAUCCGCCCGCACCAUCUUCCUCUCCAACGUCUCCACAGAAGCCAUAAAAUCCAAAUCCGCAAAGAAAACCCUCCUCAAACACCUCUGCUCUUUCUUCCCUUCCCUCCCCGAAUCCGCCACACCACAUAAGAUAGAAUCAAUCCGCUUCCGCUCCACGGCCUUCUCCACCCAAUCAAUGCCCAAACGCGCAGCAUACGCCAAGCGCGAGCUCAUGGACUCCACCACCCGCAGCACAAAUGCGUACGUAGUCUACAGCACCACUGCAGCCGCACGAGGAGCCCCCAAGGCUCUGAACGGCAGUGUCAUCCUCGACAGACACCUGCGUGUCGACAGCGUCGCCCACCCUGCCCCCAUCGACUACAAGCGGUGCAUCUUCGUCGGCAACCUCGGCUUCGUCGACGAAGAAACGCCCACCGACGAACAAGUCGCAGGGCAACAGAAGGAGAAGAAGAAGCGAAAACAAAAGCACGCCCCGCCCGCAGACGUGGAGGAGGGCCUCUGGCGCACUUUCAACGAGCACACGCGCGCCAGCAUCGCGAAGCCGUCCAAGCCCACCGCUGCUGGCAAGUCCGCGGAUCCCAGUAAUAAUAAAAUAAGCAAGGAUACUGGUCCUCGUCCGGACCUGGGCGGCGGCCCCGUUGAAUCCGUCCGCGUCAUCCGCGACCCGGCAACGCGGAUUGGGAAGGGAGUCGCCUACGUCCAAUUCCGCGACGAGAAUGCCGUUGAGAUGGCGCUGUUGUUGGACGGGCAGAAAUUCCCGCCGUUACUCCCGCGCAAGCUGCGUGUCACGCGUGCGAAACGGGUUGUGAAGAAAACUCGUAACGAUAGUGCUGGGGAUCAAGGAAGAAGUAAUGGUAGUAAAACGGACAGCAGGAAUGCCAAUAAGACUCGGCUGGGACAGCGGAGGAGCGGGGUAGGAGGGGAUCGGCAAGCCAGCUUUGAGGGCCGCGCGACGGCGUUGUUGGGGAAGGCUGGGGCGUGGAGGGUGCAACAUCGCCGCUCCACUGACGAGACUGGGGAGCGGAGGAGCAGGGAUAAUGAGGCUACUAGUGGCGGUUCUGCCCCGUUUGUCUUUGAGGGUUUCAGGGCCAGGCCGGAUAAGGGGCCUGGGUUUAAGGUGAGGACAAAGAGUCGUGGGGCGAAGGCGCUGGCUGGGCAGCCGAAGUCUAGGAAUACUCUGGAGCUCUUCAGCGGUAUUUGA